AGAUCCUUAGUUGGAUGUGCAGAGACUGGGGAUUAUGUGCAACUGUUGGGAGGAAACGGUAUUGAUACAUCUAAGCUGCUUCCCAUCACGGACCUCUGCAUCUCCUUCACUGGUCCCACUCACAUGAAGAUUGGCUGUGAAAACACAGUGGUGAGGAUGGUGUCCAGCGGGAACUUUGUCAGCCGGGUGUCGUUCAGCUACAGGCUGCUGAACAACCAGGAGCUACAGACCAUCAAACUCAACAAUGUGGAAGAUUUCUGUUUCAAUAACUGAUCCCAUCAGAUUGUGACCACUUCACAGAACCACUCAGUCUUUGUCAAAUCCAAAGGAACUGGUGUAAAAUGAAAAAUAUCCUCGUCAUGGUUUGAUCUUUUAUGGUUAAAUGUUGUUGCUAUAAUUUAUGUUUCCUUUUGUGUUCGAGGAACAUGCUGUUAUUAUUUAUGCUUUUGAUGAAACAUAUUUAUUUAACUGUUAUUUAUGAUUUGUGAUUCUUGCAGAGGAAAGGUGCUAAAACGAAUGUGAUUUUCUUUGUGUGAGUGAGACACAAUGUGCUGAGUCAUUUCAUGUGACAUAAAGUAAAUAAAGCAAAGAUGUGUUCACAAUGCCA